AUGACCCAUACCCCAGCAGUUCCGCCGCAGCAAAAGUGGCCGUCGACGCGAGCGCCGGUAGAUCCUGCCGCUCAGCGAGCUCCAGCCGCGGUUCAGCUCUUCGUCGCGUCCGAAUCAUCACCGUCGAGGACCGGUAGAUCAAUCGUACUCAGCCCAGUCAAACCUUCACUCCGGCGACAACGAAUGCUCCACCGACAUCGACCUCCAAAUCGUGGCGUCGACACAAACCCGACCUCUAGUUUCGAGAAGUUCAGGAGCCCAGUCGGCGGAUCUGAAUCGAGAAAUUUCUUCGGCACUCCAAACCGGCGACUCAUUUCUCUCCAUCCGAUCUCUUUGGCGUCGACAAAAGCAGGACUCCCUACCCGGCAGUUGUAG